AUGUCGCAGUCCACGCAUGAUGUCAACUUCAAUCUAUACAGUAAUCUGUCUUCAUCGGUAGAUGAACUCAACUCUGCAAAUACAGGUCCCAAUGUCAAGACCAUGAAAUCGUCAAAUUCAUCCUCGUCAAGACAAGCUCAGAAUAUUGCAGGGGCAGGGGUAGGAGCCGGGGUAGGAGCGAGUGUGAGUGCGGCUGCUGCUCCUACCACUAGCAAGAGUCAAUCAGAUACCCAUGUAAAUAACCCCGCCAGAUUCAAAGAAGACCCCCAUGAAAUUGAAAAACUCCAUGAUUUCGUUAGAAAAACCAUUAAUAAACUUAAAUUAUCGCCAGCUAUUCGGCAUCACCAGUCGUUGACAACCCCUGAAAAGAAAAAUCAUCAACAGCCUCUGCAAUCUCUGCAGUCUCAGUCACAGUCUCAAGCUCAACCACGUUUACACCACCAACUGCAACUGCAGCAACUGCAACUGCAAAAUUUGCUUGCCAUGAGUAGUCCUCCAGCUUCACGCCAUCACAACUCAGUUGCUUCGUGUAGCUCCUCGUCAAGUGACAUAUUUGAAAGAUCAGUCUCAAACAAUGACCAUUUGACUUGUUUAUCCAACCCAGAGACGCCCAUCCACUAUAACAUUGAGAAUUACACUAGUCCCAUUUUAGAUACUACAACUGAAAUCUUGACAAAUCCAAAUAUUCAACUAGACCAAGUGAGAUUGAAUUGCUACUGCGACGAGAUCACCCUCGCUAAAGGCAACAAUUUUCUUUACAGGAGUCAUACAGGAACUCAUACCAGUCCCGAGAAUAGUAGUCAAAACUCGGUGACCCCUGCAGACUUGAGUCCUCCUGUUUCGUUAUCGCCAACAUUGAGACCUAGAGCAAGAAGCAUUAUAUCUCAACUGAUUAUUUCCACUUUGGAUGGGUCGAAAUUUAGUAAUCACGCAGGUUGCAAACUGAAUCUAUCGAAAUCUACCCCAGGUAUUCAAUUGAGUGCAAAGCAGCUGCAACUGCAACUGCAACAACUCCACCAGACUGCUCCUCCUCCACCUUUCCUGUUUUUCCAAACAAAAAGAUCAUCGAGUUUUGCAGGAGCAACUCCCUUUUCCAGAAGUAACCCCAGAGAGGUCGCCGAUACCAACGGUGUUUCGCCAGCUAUUGAGUUUUAUUCAUUUGCCGACAUGAUAAGCCACGAAGACGAAGAAGGAUUGGCUUAUUUGCAUGAGGAAGCCGAUGACUAUAACGAGAAUAAAAUCAAGACCAAAAGUAACAAAACUAAUGAUAACAAUAAUAAUGAUGAUGACGACGACGACAACGAUGACGAUGAAAUUGACCCCUUGAGUAAACCAAGGAAAUUUGCAAGUUUAGAUGCACAUAUUGGCAGCGGUAUUGGUCUGAUUAGGGAACCCCCACCAAACAGAAGAGGAAGCUACGCUACCAUCAGUGCCAAAGAUUACAUUGGAGUUUAA